UUUUCUCUUUGAGCCGUGCGCAUUUCCGUGCGUAAAAUCUCAUCCCGGGCGCCGCUGUGCGUCAGGUGCGGCUCAUUUCCUUAAUGCAAAUUCCCCACUCGGCGCGCGCUCCCGCACGUUCACCUACACUGGUACCUUGCCCUCAGGACCAACCGGUAGCCGCCUCUGCUCCUUUAAGGCAAUGAGGAAUUAAAGCGUCUGCAGGGGCAGGGGAGAGGGUUAUUCUGUGUAACGCUCAGAGAGUCAAUGUGGUGCGUUUAGAGAGCGGCAGCGGGGAAGAUGCGCUUGCUCGCCUCUUGCUGGACGCACAGAGGCGAUGAAGAUGAUCUGACUUUGGAGUCUCAGAAAAAAAGCCCGUUUUACGUUCUUAUUCAACGAGCCUCACCCCGUGUUUGCUUCUUUGCUAUUUUAAUAUUAUUUUAAUUUUCUAAAAUUUUACUUGUUUUUUUUUCCUGCGAAGGAUGAUCCGCCGGUCAUUCUGUUAUUUAGGAAAUCGGAGUUUCUGACAUUUUUUUUUCAACAUUUAGUUCGGUCAGUUGAGGCAUUCGUUUUUCUUUUUGUUUCGGGGACCGCUCGCACCCGGCUCUGACUCAGCAUCACGCACACCUGGGCUUCACCCCUCCAGCAUCCCUCUGAAUCGCAGGCGGAAGACGCGAGCAACUCGCGUACAGCGCAGGAGGAGAGUCUGAGCACCGCUCUCCUCAAGACAAUCACCGAGCCUCAUUUAUGCCCAGGCGCGCACGGGCUCAGAGGGAAAACCUGAGCGCCACCAAAAGUAGGAAGGAGAUAUUUAAAAGUAGAGACUUAGACCGGUUUGCUUCAAGAAGAGUGGCAAAUGUUUAACCUCACUCCAAGCGCACAGGAGAGAAACCCAGGGAGGCACCGGUCGGAGGAAGAAGAGAAAGCAUAGCUUGGGGGGAUUGAACGGAGCAGGGCAUGUGGAUAUUGGCUUUUAUCUUUUUCCAGAGCAUCUUGAAUGUUUUCAGUGAAGACCUACAUUCCAGCUUAUACUUUGUCAAUGCAUCUUUGCAAGAGGUAGUAUUUGCCAGCACCACAGGGACCUCGGUGCCCUGUCCCGCUGCGGGUGCGCAGCCGGCCACGCAGCGCUGGUACCUGGCUACCGGCGAGGAGAUCUACGAUGUGCCGAGCAUCCGCCACGUCCUCCCCAACGGCACCCUGCAGAUCUUCAACUUCCUGCCGUCCAGCUUCAGCAAGCUGAUCCACGACAACACGUACUACUGCACUGCCGAGAACCCGUCUGGCAAGAUCAGGAGUCAGGAUGUCCACAUCAAGGCCGUGUCACGGGAACCCUACACAGUUCGAGUGGCCGACCAGAAGGCCAUGAGAGGCAGCGUAGCUGUCUUCAAGUGCAUUAUCCCGGCUUCUGUGGAGGCCUACGUCACUGUAGUGUCAUGGGAGAAGGACACGGUUUCACUCAGCUCAGGACAAAGAUAUCUCAUCACAUCCACGGGAGCCCUGUACAUUGUGGACGUCCUGCCUGAGGAUGGGCUGAACAACUAUCGCUGCACCACGCGCCACCGCUACACGGGUGAGACGCGCCAGAGCAACAGCGCCCGUCUCAUCGUGUCAGACCCCACCAAUGCUGAGCCAGGCAUCUUGGAUGGGUUUGACCACCGUGAGGUGAUGAUUAAUCAUCGAGUGGAGCUGCCCUGCAAGGCCUCGGGCUACCCAACGCCAAAGUACCGCUGGCUCAAAGACAACAGCCCUUUGGAGCCUGACAGUCGUUUCCGCCAGACCAUCACGGGGCUGCUGAUAGAGAGCGCGCAGCCCAGUGACUCCGGGACGUACGUCUGUGAAGUGUGGAACAGUUACGGCAACGCUGAGGUCAUGGGACGGCUCUAUGUCAAACAGCCCUUGAAGGUCGUGGUGAGCCCUCGGAAGGUGAAAGGCAGCGUGGGCAGCAAGGUGUCCCUGUCCUGCAGCGUGAGCGGCUCGGACGAGUACGAGCUGUCGUGGUACCGCAACGGCGAGAUCAUCUACCCGGGCAACAACGUGCGCUUCGCGGGGCUCAACCGGGAGAACCUCAUCAUGGAGGGGAUGUCCAAGAGCGACGGCGGCGCCUACCAGUGCUUCGCCCGGAAGGGCAAGAUGUCGGCUCAGGACUUCGUGCAAGUCAUACUCGAAGAUGGAACCCCGAAGAUACUGUCCUCCUUCAGUGAGAAGGUGGUGAACCCCAACGAGCCCGUCUUCCUGCUCUGCAACGUGAAGGGCACGCCGCCGCCGCGCUGCACCUGGUCGCUGGACGACGACCCCGUCAUCAAGGAUAGCCACCACCACCUGGGCCACUACGAGACGCACGAGGGCCACGUGGUGAGCCAGCUCAACGUGACGCACACCCAGGUGCAGGACGGCGGGGUGUACCGGUGCACGUGCAGCAACUCGGCCGGGGUCGUGUACCACCAGGCUCGAAUAAACGUAAGAGGCCGCGCCAGCAUCCGUCCCAUGAAGAACAUCACGGCCAUCGCUGGGCGGGACGCCUUCGUCCACUGCCGCGUCAUCGGCUACCCGUACUACUCCAUCAAGUGGUACAAAAACUCCGCCCUGCUGCCCUUCAACCACCGGCAGCGGGCCUUCGAGAACAACGGCACGCUGAAGCUGAGCAACGUGCAGCAGGUGGACGCCGGCGAGUACAACUGCAAGGUGAUGGUCCAGCCCAACAAGAUGGACUCGCAGAGCGUCCACGUCCGCGUGAGAGUCCCUCCGUACAUCCAGCCCUUCGAGUUCCAGCGCUUCACCAUCGGUCAGCGCGUCUUCAUCCCCUGCGUGGUCAUGUCGGGCGACCGGCCCCUCGACAUCACCUGGCAGAAGGACGGGCGGCCGAUCCCGGCCAGCCUGGGCGUCACCGUGGACAACAUUGACUUCACCAGCUCGUUGCGCAUCUCCAACCUGACACCCGACCACAACGGCAACUACACCUGCAUCGCCCGCAACGAGGCUGCCGCCGUGGAGCACCAGAGUCAGCUCAUCGUUAGGGUUCCUCCUCAGUUUGUCGUUCAGCCCGAGGACCAAGAUGGCAUCUAUGGGAAAACUGUGACUCUUAACUGCUCAGCUGAAGGCUACCCACCACCCACCAUCGUAUGGGAACACUCCAAAGGUGCCGGCGUCCCCCAGUUCCAGCCCAUCCUCCUGAACAGCGGCUCACGCGUCCAGCUGCUCAGCAACGGCUCGCUGCUGAUCAAACACGUGCUGGAGGACGACAGCGGCUUCUACCUGUGCAAGGUCAGCAACGACGUGGGAGCGGACGUCAGCAAGUCCAUGUACCUCACCGUCAAAAUCCCGGCCAUGAUCACGUCCUACCCCAACACCACGCUGGCCACGCAGGGCGAGGAGAAGAAGAUGAGCUGCAUAGCUCACGGGGAGAAGCCCAUCAUGGUGCGCUGGGAGAAAGAAGAACGCAUCAUCAACCCGGAGACCAGUCGAUACGUGGUCACUGUCAAGGAAGUGGCAGACGAAGUCGUCUCCACGCUGGUGAUUAUGCCCACUGUUCGUGAGGACUCAGGCUUCUUCUCCUGUCACGCCAUCAACUCCUUUGGCGAAGACCGAGGCAUCAUACAGCUGACAGUGCAAGAACCACCCGACCCUCCGGAGGUGGAGAUCCGCGAGGUGAAAGACCGAACCAUAGCCCUCCGCUGGACCAUGGGCUUUGACGGCAACAGCCCGAUCACAGGAUACGACAUCGAGUGCAAGAACAAAUCAGCGUCUUGGCUGUCAGCCCAGGUAACCAAAGAUGUGUCACCGCAGCUCAACCAGGCCACCAUCAUUGACCUCCAUCCCUCUUCCACUUACAACAUCCGCAUGGUUGCCAAGAACAUCAUCGGCAACAGCAACCCUAGCAACGAGCUCACAAUCACCACUGACGAAGCAGCUCCUGACGGCCCUCCACAAGAUGUCACUCUGGAGUCCACCUCCCCGCAGAGCAUCAAGGUCUCCUGGAAGCCUCCUCAGAAGCACCUGCAGAACGGCGUGAUCCGCGGCUACCAGGUGGGCUACAGGGAGUACAGCCCCGGUGGCAGUCACCAGUUCACCAUCAUCAGCGUGGACACAACGGGCGAUACCACAGAGAGCAUCGUGCUGGACAACCUGAAGAAGUUCACCCAGUACAGCGUGGUGGUCCAGGCUGCGAACAGGGCAGGAACUGGACCGUCCUCACAGCAGGUGGUCACCAAGACCCUGGAGGACGUGCCGUCUCGACCUCCUGAGAAUGUCCUGGCUGUGGCCAAGUCUCCAGAGGUCAUCUCCCUGUCGUGGAUGCCGCUGCCCAGAGAAGCUCUGAAUGGAAACCUGCAGGGAUAUAGAGUCAUUUACUGGGCCAACCUGCCGGAUGGAGAACUGGGUGAGAUUCGGAACGUGACAACCAAUCAGCCGUCUCUGGAGCUGGAUGGGCUGGAGAAGUACACCAACUACAGCAUCCAGGUCUUAGCCUUCACCAACGCUGGAGAUGGCGUCCGCAGCGAACAGAUCUACGUCCGCACAAAAGAGGAUGUGCCUGGUCCUCCAGCAGGAGUGAAGGCUGCAGCCUCCAGUAGCUCAGUAGUGUUUGUCUCCUGGCUGCCGCCACUCAAACUCAACGGCAUCAUCAGGAAAUACAUCGUCUUCUGCUCCAACCUGCAUCCGAUGGUGAUGAGUGAGUUCGAAGCGUCUCCAGAUGCAUAUUUCUACAGGAUCCCAAACUUGGCUCGUAACAGACAGUACAGCAUCUGGGUUGUUGCUGUGACAGCUGCAGGCCAUGGAAACAACAGUGAGAAGAUCACAGUGGAGCCACUGGCCAAAGCUCCGGCCAGGAUUCUAACCUUCAAUGGGACAGUGACCACUCCCUGGAUGAAGGACAUUGUCUUACCCUGCAAGGCUGUUGGAGACCCUCCUCCUACCAUCAAGUGGCUCAAAGGAAAUACUAAUGGAACUCCCACUCCCGUCCUGGUGGACGGCCGCCGCAGCGUCCACAGCAACGGCAGCUUCAUUAUUCGCACGGUGAAAGCAGAGGAUUCUGGGAACUACAGCUGCGUUGCCAGCAACAACUGGGGAUCGGAUGAGAUCACGCUCAACCUGCAGGUCCAAGUCCCUCCUGACCAACCGCGGCUCACUGUUACCAAGACUACCACCACAUCCAUCACAUUGUCAUGGAUACCUGGAGACAACGGAGGGAGCUCCAUCAGAGGUUACAUCCUGCAGUACUCCGAAGACAACAGCGAGCAGUGGGGCAGUUUUCCCAUCAGCCCUAGUGAGCGCUCAUACCGCCUGGAGAACCUCAAGUGUGGCACCUGGUACAAAUUCACCCUGACGGCCCAGAACGCAGUGGGUCCGGGUCGCAUCAGCGAGAUCAUCGAAGCAAAGACUCACGGAAAAGAACCCCAAUUUGCCAAAGAACACGAGCUCUUCACCAGCAUCAACUCCACCCGGGCCAGGCUCAAUCUGGUCGGCUGGAACAACGGCGGCUGUCCCAUCACCUCCUUCAUCCUGGAGUACCGGGCCGUGGACUCGGCCACCUGGACCACGGCCCAGCGCACGUCGCUGACCAAGAGCUACAUCCUGUACGACCUGCAGGAAGCGACCUGGUACGAGCUGCAGAUGAAGGUGACCAACAGCGCCGGCUCAGCGGAGAAGAGGGUCACCUUCGCCACGCUCAACGCCGAUGGAAGUACCAUCCCUCCCCUGCUGAAAACAGGAGACCCCAUCUCUGACAACAUGUCUGGCAGUGGAGGUCUGAAGAUGGUGGUGACCAUCACCUCAGUCCUCGUGGUCGCCGUUCUGGUCUUCAUCAUGCUCAUGGUGCUAAAAAGGAGGAGGAGGGAGCAACGGCUCAAGCGGCUGAGAGAUGCCAAGAGCCUGGCAGAAAUGCUGAUGAGUAAGAACACGCGGACGCCGGACACGGUGAACAAGCAGCAGCAGACUCUGAGGAUGCACAUCGACAUCCCCAGAGCCCAGCUCCUCAUCGAGGAGAGGGACACCAUGGAGACAAUCGAUGACAGGUCCACUGUGCUGUUGACAGACAAUGACUUCGGGGAGGCAACUAAGCAGAAGUCCUCCACUGUGACCCACACAGUCCACUACCAGUCUCUGUCCCAGGCCACUGGACCACUGGUGGACGUGUCUGACGCCAGGCCUGGAACCAGUGAGUCCCACCACCAUCCCACUGCCCGACGCACUGCCAAAGCCGGCCCUGCCGCGGCCCGGAGCCGCUACGCCAGCCAGUGGACCCUGAACAGGCCGCACCCCACCAGCUCCUCACACACCCUGACCACCGACUGGAGGCUGCCCACGCCGCGCGCCGCCGGCUCCGUGGACAAGGAGAGCGACAGCUACAGCGUCAGCCCUUCGCAGGACACAGAUCGCGCGCGGAGCAGCAUGGUGUCGACGGAGAGCGCGUCCUCCACCUACGAGGAGCUGGCCCGGGCCUACGAGCACGCCAAGAUGGAGGAGCAGCUGCGCCACGCCAAGUUCACCAUCACCGAGUGCUUCAUCUCCGACACCUCGUCGGAGCAGAUGACGGCGGGGACCAACGACUACACCGACAGCCUGACCUCCAGCACGCCGUCCGAGUCGGGCAUCUGCCGCUUCACGGCGUCGCCGCCCAAACCGCAGGACGUCAGCCGCGUCAUGAACAUGGCGGUGCCCAAGGCGCACAGGCCCGGUGGAGAACUGGUCCACUUGCCACCUUACCUUCGCAUGGACUUCCUGCUGAACCGCGGCGUGCCCCUGGCGGCCCGGGGCGGAGCGGUCAGCAGCAGCAGCAGCGUGGGCAGCAGCGGCGGAGGGGGAGCGGUGGGUGGAGGAGGUGCAGCGGGCGGAGGAGGAGGAGGAGCAGGAGCAGGAGGAGUUGCUGCUGGUGCUACAGGGGAAACAAGAGGAGGAGGAGGAGGAGGAGCCAUGGGCCAGACCUGCUUAGAACCACAGAGGAGCCGUACCCUGAAGAGGCCACCGCCCAUGGAGCCCACACCCAUGGAGGUGCCCUCACCCAGGGAGGUGCAGCAAUGGCAGCCAGGAACUGCCUCCACCCUCCCCCACAGGGAUGUCCGGGAGAGGGGGGAGGCCCGGGGGGAGGUCCGGGCAGAGGCUCCUUCCUCAGGAGACCUGGCCCAAGCACAGGCUGCCAAGCUCAGCACUUCCCAGGAGUCCCUGCUGGACUCCAGAGGACACCUGAAACAGAGCAACAACCCCUAUGCCAAGUCCUACACGCUGGUAUAACACUGGGACACACCUGACUGCUGCAGGCGGACUACUGCAGACUGUGGAGGAGGAGGAGCCAGAGACAGACGACAGCCGCAGGAUGGACCGCGUUUCACAACACAAAUAGUUGUAUAUAGAGCCGUUUCUGACAUGCGUCUGAAGUGGCUGCUUUUCUUUGCGUCUGUCUUUCUUUCUUUCACUCUUUUCUUUCUUUGCUCUCUUGCUCUUCUCUGUUACUUUCACACUUUUCAUUCUCUCACACCUUGAUCACAAUUAUUAUUUUCUACUUGAGUAUUCUUUUAUUCUAAAGUGACAAAAAUAUGAGGAUUGCCAAAAUGAUUUAUUUAAAAUUUGAGAAAGAUAAAAAUACUAUUGAAUUUAUAUCAAGGACAAUUAUAGUCAUUAUUAUUACUAUUAUUAUAUAAAAACAGAAAAUAUCUAAAAAAAAAAAGAAGAGAGGAGGACUCUGGAGCACUCUGCAGGAGACCGUUGCUUUCUUAAUUUAUUUUUAUUUUAUUGUCGCAGUGUGAUGAAAUCUGUGAUUGGGUAACUGAGGGGGGGUUUAGCACUAUGAGGAGCCAAUAAAGAAGAAGAAGAGUGACAUCGGACGUGACCGCCAAUGCUGACCAAUCGUAAUGUUUUUCAACCUUUCUGAUGACUGCAUGGCGACUGAACAAAUGACAAUUCAUAGGAAUGGCUGGAAAUCCAAAAAAGAAGAUUUUUUUGUCACACUAUGAAAUUAUACAAUGUGAAUAUAUAUAAAGAGAUCACUUUUAUUUGUGGAUAUUAUGGGGAAAAUGAUUUGGUUAAUAAAGUCCUUAGUCAUGUUUGCACACA